CCCAGGCGGGCGGGAGCUAGGCGGGCCAUGGCGGAUGUCCCGGGGGCGAUGCGACCAGUUCACGGCGGCGGCAGCCCAGAGCCCCGGGACCCCCUGGACUGCUGGGCCUGCGCUGUGCUGGUCACGGCCCAGAAUCUGCUGGUGGCUGCCUUCAAUCUUCUCCUGCUGGCGCUGGUGCUGGGGACCAUCCUGCUACCCGCUGUUACCAUGCUAGGCUUCGGCUUCCUCUGUCACUCCCAGUUCCUGCGCUCCCAGGCCCCUCCUUGCACCGCGCACCUGCGGGACCCGGGCUUCACGGCCCUGCUGGUCACCGGAUUCCUGCUCCUCGUUCCGCUGCUCGUGCUUGCCCUGGCCAGCUACCGCCGCCUCUGCCUGCGCCUCCGCCUGGCCGAUUGCCUCGUGCCCUACAGCCGAGCCCUCUAUCGGCGCCGGCGCGCCCCGCAGCAGCCGCGGCACACCCGGGCCUCACCAGGGUCUCAGGCCGUUCCCACACCAGGAAAGGUCUGGGUCUGAGGACCCUCAGGUCAAGAACAACCCUGACGACUGCCCUCCCUCCCAGUCGGCAAAAGGACUUGAAGCCCGGGGGUCUCCCGACCUACCCUGCCCCCACUCCUGCCUAAGCUGAGUCCUAGCGUCCCCUUGGGGAGCAGCACCUGUGGACCCAAUGCUGGUGAAAACUUGUCACACCCCAGAAAACCCACUUUCUUCUCACUACCCGUAUCUAAAUCCUGAACAUCUGGGCUGGACCCUGCACACUCUCUGCCCGCCUUGUGAAAAGGCAACGCAACCUCGUGUUCGCCUUUUCUGGUGCGGCUCCUCUGGUAUUUACGGGCUGCGGGGCGAGGUUGGAGGUAAAGGAAUGAUCACACAUCAAUAAAGAAUUAAUGAACUGAA